CUGUUACCAAAAGAGUGUCAGAUGAAAGCCAGUCGCCAGUUCGUGCACACCACGUAUACACUGCAAAAAAACUUCAAAGGCACGCAGGUGGGCACGGGGACGUUAAUGACAAAGCUCCACACAGCAUCUGAUUUCAUCCGAGGAUAUCCUCUCCUCACGCUCACAAAGGAACUGAUAGAGUUGGAGCUCCCUUUCUUGUUUUUCUCCACUACAAAGACAUGUGAUGGAAUAAGGGGCCUUAAAGUGAAGAAGAGCAAACUAAGGCGCUCACAAAAACCUAACCUGCGAUUGUCUUUUUGGAGUGAAUCCUCUCUCCUUAACCGGAUGACAUGCCUUGACUCGACACCCACCGUACCAUGGCAGGUUUAGUCUCCACUGUGUGUUUGGUGGUGAUGCCCAAAGCUCUCAUGCACACCCACAGCCAGCGUGCUGCGCUUCUGGUGGUAACGGUGUUGUUAAUAGUGAUCGCAGCUGACUUACCUGGGGCAGAUGAAUCUCCUUUGGACUCUACACAUGAUCCCAUGGGAUUUCUUGGAGAUAUCCAAAGUCCUACAUCAUCACCAUUAGCCUUACCAGACUCGCAUUAUACUGCCUUUGACAGUCUAGACUCACCUGGUGCCCUCCCAUCCAAUCCUGAACCAAGCCAUGAAGUUAGGACUGCUGAUAACAUUAAUAGGGGGCAUAUUGCAUAUGAAAACUCCAAAGUCAUCAUGUUAAGAGAUGCCUCUGCAGAAGAGCCACACACUCUGACGACUCCAACCUUAAGACCAUCUGUACCUGUGCGGGAGUCUAGGCCACAGUUUCAACGACCAGCUGAACUCUCCUUAGGCUGGAAGCUGGCGAGGUCAUCUCUCUCAGAAGCUCAAACAAAGUCCCAGCUACAGCCUUGGGAAAAUAUAUCCAUAACAUCAGUAAAGCCUUCUCCAACGCCCCAGCUAGGUCUUAAUUCUGAGAAAAGGAUGACCUUCCAACCUGAAGGGCCUCUCGGGCCACCCAUUCAGACUUUCACAGACCCUUUAGCAGAGGACUCACAUAUGAAACCAAUGUAUGCAGACCAGCUGAGCUCCAGUAAUCCCCCACUGGAAAACAAACAUGCAUAUGAUAUAAACAUGCUACCCAACCCAGAUGAGAUUCAGUCUCCUGGCUACAAGGUGCCUUUCAUCACCCCCCACCCUGCAUCACCUUCAUCUGAACCCACAGAGCUCUCUCCAGAGGACUUCUACCCCACCAACACCAUGGAAGUAGACUGGGGGUCUGGGGACUACUUGGAGACGAUGUCUUUUUUCAAUGCAGAUAGAGAAGACUAUUCUCUGGUCACCAAGGUGCCCUCCGACUCAUAUGAUCUAGAAGACUAUACAGAAACUUAUGACACGUCCUUCCCUUCCAGAGUGGGCAUAUCUCCCUCAUCGCUGAAUCCUCUGUACGUUUCCCCUUCCCCCAGCCUCGUGACAGCAUACAGCACCGUAGUUUCUCCUAGAUCUACUUAUCCUUCCUCAUUUUCAGCAACAGUUCAGUUUUCCCUGGAACCUACUCCAACACCUAACAGUGACGUGCCUGACGUUUCAGACGUAGAUUGGUCAGAUACGUACACAAUCCAACCGACAGAUGUCCUUUUGCCAGAUAUGAACAGCUUGGAAUAUUAUAACAAUCAGCUGACCAAGGAGAAUAACGGUUCAGAAAGCGGAGCUGAACACAGGGGUAACAUUACUGUGGUGUCCAUCAGGACUACAGACAGCACACCUAACAACAGCUUCAGCAAUGAUACAAAAGUGAUUGAAGAGGAGUCCUCCAGUGAUCUCUCGGGGCUUGAGCCUCAUGAUGAAACGAGCUUUGUAGUAACCACAGAGGAGAGUCCUCAGGUGGCAAAUGCCUCUCAGCCUUUUCUUGAUCCUUCCAUAGUCCCAACGCAUUCCCUCCACUCCUUUUCUUCUUCGGAUGGUCAGGUGUCCACCACAGAUUGGUCUGCACAUACAAACAACGUUGGCCUGGAUAGCACUUCAAUUACAGAAGCUGUGCAACCAAGUACAACACCUUUGCUGCCAGACGAUUUAAAUUUUGCCUCCUCUCUUACAUAUGUUCAUUGGUAUGUUACAGAGUCUCCCCCAAAAAGUACUAUGGAUGCAACUGCUGUCUUAACUGCAACUAUAGACUUCUCCCCUGUUCCCACUGAGCCUGCUGCCAAUAGCACAGCCGGUACAACAGAAUUAGCUCCUGAAGAGUCUGCUUUUACAAAUGAUCCAACUCUCAAUGCAACUAUAGUUUCAACUGAAUCCACGCCUCAGAAUGUGACUCUGCCCCCUCCAUUUGUGAUGGGCGAUCAGGGGGUGACUGAAGAUGGAGUUGACACCCUAGCCACACUGACCUAUAUCCCAACCAGUAGUGCAGUUAAUAAAGUCUCUACUACACCCACAAGUACACCUGCCACAACUACUCCCCAUCAAGCCACAACCAGAAUUACUGCCACCUCUGAAGCCUCAACUAUUGUCAACGUCAUCUCUACCACUGUUGGUAAAAUCACAGCUAUAGCACCAACAUCAAGAUCGUACCUCUGCAACGUUAACAAACCCGCUUAUUUGAUCAGGAUCGGUUUUCCAGCCGGGGCCACUGUAGGAUAUGCUAAAUCUCAGGUCAGAGACAUAUUGAAAGGGGAAUUUAACAAAUCAGUGGAACUGCAAAUUGUAAACAUCACCAUGGCUGCUCCCAUAUACGAGGAACAAGGACUAGCGAGGAAACCGGUGGACAUUACUUUCACUGUUCGCAGUUCAAGGAGUUAUCUGAUGGGGUCAGAGAUUAGCAGUGCUCUAAUGAAACUCACUAUGGUGGAAUUCAGCUAUUACAUGGGCUUUCCUGUACUACUCCUGGGUGUGCUGGACCAGAAAGUGGGUGAGAGGACCUUUCAAGCUAACAUGGAGCGCCGGUUGGCCCUGUUACUCGGUGAAGCAGUAGGAUCAGUCAGACGGGUGAAAAGGGCCACCACCAUAGGCAACAGUAGUGUUCAGGUUGUAAGCACAAGCCGGUUGGCGGGUACUGACCUCCCCCUCGAAAUAGUGUAUUUUGUGGAGGGGCCUAGUGGUCAGAGGAUGCCUGCAGAUCAGACUGCUAGCCUGCUUAACAGCCUGGAUGUCCAAAGAGCUGCUAUUGUCCUGGGAUAUCGUGUACAGGGCAUAUUGGCACAACCUGUCGAAAAAGUGACAUCUUCACCCUCUGACAAUGAGAACACAAACAUGUGGAUCAUCAUCGGGGUUGUGAUCCCCCUCCUCGUGGUCAUCGUCAUCAUUUCCAUCCUUUACUGGAAGUUGUGUCGGACAGACAAGCUGGAAUUCCAGCCGGACGCCAUGACCUCCAUCCAACAAAGACAAAAGUCUACUAUGUUACUCAGAGAAUCAAGGACCUCUCGUCAACAGCGACUCCCUCAAACUAAAAAAGGUAUUGAGUUUAGUGAGGAUGAAGAGGAGGAGUAUGGAGAGGAAGAAGAUGAUGAAGAGGAGGAGGAAGGGGAGGAGAAGGAUUUUAAAAAGGGGAAGAGAUCAGUAGCUCUCAAGAGCAAUCAGGGUAUGAAAAAUGAGGAGGAAGAAGAGGAGGAAGCUGAAGAAGAGGAGGAGGAAGAAGAGGAGGAAACUGAAGAAGAAGAGGAGGAGGAGGAAGAAGAGGAAGAGGAUAAAAAGAAACUGAAAAGGGAAGAAGGUACAUCGAGAGAGCAAAAAAGGGAAGAGACCAAAGCUGUGAAAAAGAAACCAGAGGAAGUGAAGAAAGAAGAGAAACAGAAAGUGUUGUCUAAAGGGAGACGAGCCGAGGAGCUGCAGGCUCCCACCGUUAAAGGCUUCGACUUUGCCAAGCUGCACCUUGGCCAGCAGAGCAAGGAUGAUGUCAUGGUGAUCCAGGAGCCUGUCCCGUCUGGCCUCGGGCCCGUCCAAGUAUCCAUUAAAGAUGGCCUCAGUCCAUCUGAGAACGGGGAGAUCCCCACUCCCAUUUCCAAAACGUCCGCUUCCUCCACAAAGGCGUCGCGCGGCGGUCGAAGGAGAGGAAGGAUCUCCUCAUCAGAUGGCGACUCUGUGUUAAGCGACCAUUCCAGUGAGCGGGAAUCAACCGAGGAGAACCUGAGAGCCCAGGCCACGCCCAGCGACAGCAAGCAGACCCGUAAGGUCCCCAUCAAUGUUUUAAACAGCAAGAAUAGAAUUGGUCCUCCUCCUAUGAACGAUACAAACGAGCAGCUGUCUUCAGCCUCCAUCUUUGAACAUGUUGAUCGGAUAUCUCGCGGCACCGACGCAAGCAGGAGACUCCCCAAUAAAGUCCAGCUUAUUGCCAUGCAGCCUAUGCCUGUCCCACCACUCCACAGUCCGCCCGUCAAUGGAAAAUUGUCGGACACAAACCAAAUGACCAAAGAGAUCCAGGUAGCGUUGAGGCACAAGUCAGAAAUUGAGCAUCAUCGUAACAAGAUUCGUCUUCGCGCCAAGAGGAAGGGCCACUACGACUUCCCAGCUAUGGAUGACAUAGGCGGUCUUGGCGAUGCAAAGGAUCCGGAUCGUAUUUAUCGCAAAGAACAGAUGCAAAUCGAUAAGAUCCUGGACCCGGAUGCUCAGAUGCCCUCCGUCUUCAUGGAACCCAAGAAAAGUGGUCGAGGCAGGCGCUCACCAAAGCAGAGGAUGAAAGACCAGAUGAAUGGAGGCAUGAUGGAAGCAGACAAAGACCACCUCAUCACUGAAGACACUGAUGCUGCUUACAGAAAGUGCCCCGGGGUCAACAAUGUGGCUUAUGUGUCGGACCCUGACCAAGGCCCAGGAUCCCCUCACAGGAGUCCUUCCCCCACAGACGACGUCUUCCCAGCCCCCACUUCCUCUCCUCCCGGCCAUGCCCCUCCCCCACCACCGUACAUGCCCCCACAGCCCUCCAUCGAGGAAGCACGGCAGCAGAUGCACUCCCUGUUGGACGACGCCUUCGCUCUUGUGUCACCCACUUCUCAGGGCAGCACUGCCGGGAUCACUCUCCCAGGGGUCAACAGCAACCCUCCUAACUCUAGCCCUCCAGGUCAUGGGCCGAGACCUUGGGGUCUUUCCUACCAAGCUUUCCCGAGCAGGUUCCCUGAGAUGUCCUCUGCUGCAGUACAAGGCAUGGCAACAAGGCAGGGCCUUGGCUCGAGCUACCUGCCACCAGGAGAAACAGCAGGGCACGGUGAGCAGCUCCAGCCAGACAGCCUGUACUCCAGCAGGGGCCUCUACGCUGAUGAACUGCCCUCAUCUGCCAGACCGCGUCCAGUGGGAGGAACCACAGGUGCCCAGCUCCAUCAUCUUGCACAAGUGGGUCUGUCCAGUCGGAUGAAUGGUUACCCAGCAGGAGGCAGGGCUGCUCCGGGCCAGAAUGGAGGCUUAGGCUGGAACCACUAUCACGAUGACAAUUUCUCCAGAGCAGAAGCUGAAAAAGAUGCAAUUCACCGGAGUGGUAUCAGGGAGCCCCCGGCCCCCCCGACCCAUCUAGAUGGUGUGGGUUAUCUGACAGCCCCCCCACCUCUGGAUACUUCUCCUCCCACUCAUUCCUCUGCCUCCUUGAUCAAGGCCAUCCGGGAGGAGCUUCUGCGGCUCUCGCAGAAGCAGGCGGCCGUGCCCAGCUACCACAGCUGAAGUCCCGGCUUCUAGUGUCCAGCUCUAACCAGUCAUGUCACUGACCCUGCCUGCUUGCUUCACCUAAUCUGACAGUGCUUCCCAUGGAAGUCCAUUAAGCUGUACAGCAGAGAGAUAGUCCUGCUAAAGUAGAGAGGUUUGCCCCUGAGAAACUGCAUCACAGGAUGGCUGAUAAAGACUAAGAUCAGCUGGAGUAGAGUACAGCUGACCAGAGAUGACGUGCCCGUGUUUCUUUCCUGUUCUUUACCGUGGACCAGGGAGCGCUAAUGUCACGUACUGUGGACGUCGGACUUGAUUUCGCUGCAUUUCCUCAGACUCUGUGUCAUAGUUUCAACUUUAUGUCGCCUUCACAAACAGAAAUAGUGUCAGACUGAAGUCACAAUGUCUUUUUACAUCACGUAACCUGAUGUAUUUCUUCUUUUUGAUGCAGACCCCUAACUUCCUUUCCACCAUCAGGUGCUUCCUGUCUUCUGCCAUGAUGAGCCAUGUUAUGCCUUGACACUGUGAUACAGUUCACGUGACCAUACCUGCUGUUAGAGCCUACAGUGAGAGUUCACAGCCAGCAAGCCAGUUCAGACAGCAGGCAAAAAAGGGGGCAUCCAUACACAGUAAUAACACUCAUUAAUGCUACCUAUUCUGUCCUUACUUACAACAGUAAAACAGUGUUCGACCUCUCGGCUUACAAUAUAUACUUUUUCAUGUUAAAGUGCUGUUUUGGUUUUUUUUAAAUUCGUGUUGAGAAGCUACUUGUUAAGCAAACAGGAGAAGAAAUCAGCCUUUAAACAGAUCAAACCGUUUCUGAGCAAGUUUUAAAGACGCAGGCACAGAUGUGGUACAAAUAAUAAAAGGUGACAUACUUGAUGAUUAUGGUCAAUAUUUAAUGUAUGUAUUCAUUAUGUGGUUAUUUGAUGCACUGUAUGCAGACGACUUGGUACGGCUCAGGUUUUUCAUUAAGAGAUUCCUUACGGACAAAUCCGUAAAAAGACACUUUAAAAGGUCACAUGGAAGAAGUGUCAAUUAGGGAAAGUCACAGACACCAGUGUUCUGUUUGAGCUCAUUUCUGCGUUGAAUACACAUGGAUGUCUUUUUCAUGCAGUAUUGGAAGUUUGAUUUGCCUUUUUGUUAGCACAGGAAGGGAAGACGUGUACUGUAUUUCAUUAAGAGUUUACUUCAACUACUCAUUUUUACAUGCUUUUUAAAUAGAUUUGGAUCAUUUAAUUGUGUCCACCUGGCUCUUAGUCAUCAUGCUGGUUAGAAGUCAUUCCAGGUCUUUUCCACAGGAUGUGGCGCGAUGUUUCGGAGGCCUAAAAUUUUAAUUCAUUCGAUUAAAAUAAAAGAGGAACUGUGGGGUUUUUAUAGCAGGACUUGAAGAUGUGUUUUUGCAGUUUGUGCCUGCACAAGCCUCGACUUCCAGGUGAUUUUACUGAUGUGGCCACGGUGUUCUUCUCAUGCCAUGUUUCGUGUCCAUGUGACGUGCCUUCUGAAUUGAUUAAGCACCAGACUGUCUACUAUUACGCUCCCAACUCUAACACAGAAUUAUUUAAAAGCAUCAUUAUUCCAACAUGGCUGUUUGUCAGUGGAUGUAAGGGCAGCUGAACUGUAAACGAAUCGAUGGAACAUCAGGUAACAGUGACACUGUAGCUUUGUUGUCCAUUACAUGUUCGUGGUUUAUCCAUCUCACACUGUACGCCUCCAUCUGCUGGUCCUGUACUGUAACUACACCCUUGUAUUCAUCUUCAGUUGCUUUUUGUUGUUGUUGUUGUUGUUGUUGUUUAUUUCCAGUCCUUUUCUACGUGUUCUGCUAUGUAAAAACGAUUCGUUGGCUGGCCCAACUUUUCCAUUUGCAUGUUUAAUUGUUGUAUUUCUUUGGCUUGGUUUUGAGCAUGCUAUUUCAGAAUUUGUGAAAUACAAAGUAAGCUGUAA